CAUCACGCCUGUUUUGCUUUGCGUUUCACAGUUAUCCAAUCAGAGUAGUUCGCGCCCUCAGCUCGCGUGCGCGCUUUAUCAUAAUCGUAAAAAUGUUUUCAAUACGCCGUUCACUAAACAAUAACAAAAUCACCUACAUAAUGCGUCCCUGGCUUAAAACCGAGCCAUAAUAUAACUAAUCUUCGGACUGAGAACACAUAUUGUUGCAUUCCGUAAAAAUAAAUAACAAAACAAGCCGUCCGGUUCUUUCGCAUGUUUGAAGUUGAAAAAUAAACUAUUUAGACUCGAGGAGAGUGCAGUCACUUUGAAAAAUGUAUCGUAUUUUAAUAAAAUGGAUUUAUAUGUUUUGAAAUUUAAGUGUUACUAAGCGACAAUAGUUGAGUGAUAGUUGUGUGACCUGUGUGAGGAAAAUAUAUUUGAAUUAAUACUUUUUUGGAACGAAAUAAAAUGGCGAGACGGUGGGUGGCGUUCAUAAUGCUUUACGUGCAUUUAGCGAGUUGCAACAAUGAGAACAGUGUCAAAGAUCCCACGCCAGCUGUAUACGAACCAUCGUGGACAUACAAGUGCGUGCCAGAUGAGGGUUGCCAACGAUCACAGUCGCCUGAACCCACGGCAAAUUACACGGGAACUGUGUAUGAGAGCCUGGAUCUCUGCCGGACAGUAUGUGGCAGAUUCGGCGGUAUCUGGCCGCGACCAGUCACAGCAGCAUUAAGCUCGCAGACCGUGAAGAUACAUCCUAAUUACUUGAGGUUUGAUUUGAUUGAUGCUCCUGUAGAGACGAGAGAACUUUUAGCUAAAAUGACUCAAGUUACGGCUUCAAAUUUAGUAGACGAAUGUGAUGGAAAUGUAACUGAAAUAGUCAAAACUCCAGUUAUUGUCUAUAUUACUAUCAAAACACCGAAUACAGACCUAACCUGGAGUACUGAUGAGUCGUAUAUGCUGGAUGUUCAAAAUAAAGAAGCGAACAUAGCCGUGCACAUAUCAUCCGAAACAGUGUAUGGAACACGAAAUGCAUUGGAGACAUUCACACAACUAGUCACAGCAGAUAAACCAGACUACACAGACCAUUAUAAAUGCGGCCUCCGACUCAUCUCGGGAGCAAAGAUAAGGGACAAACCUGCUUUUCCUCAUAGAGGCUUCAUGUUGGAUACCUCAAGGAAUUUCAUACCGAUAGAGGAUAUAAAGAGAAUGCUUGAUGGCAUGGCUACGACGAAAAUGAAUGUGUUUCACUGGCAUGCUACUGAUACACAUAGUUUUCCUUUGGAAUCUUCGAGAGUUCCGCAAUUCACGAGAUACGGAGCGUAUUCAGCAUACGAGAUUUACACAGCGGAGGAAAUCCGUGAGUUGAUAAAUUACGCACGUGUAAGAGGAAUCAGAGUUGUCAUAGAGAUUGACUCUCCUGCGCACGCUGGAAACGGUUGGCAAUGGGGAAAGGAAUAUGGUUUCGGUGAUCUCGCGGUGUGCGCUAAUAAAAAUCCGUGGAGAUCAUUCUGUAUCCAGCCUCCGUGCGGACAGUUAAAUCCUGCCAAUCCAAAUAUGUAUAAAGUCCUUCGAGACCUGUACAAGGAUAUAGCCGAGAUGUUGGCUAAACCCGCUCUGUUCCACAUGGGAGGGGACGAGGUAUUUCUCGAAUGUUGGAAUUCGACCCAAGAUAUAGUCACUUAUAUGGAAAAUAAAGGUUACGAGAGAAAUGUGGAAGGUUUCAUUAAGCUAUGGGCAGAGUUCCACUCAACGGCUCUGCAAAUUUGGGACGAAGAGCUGGCAGAAAUCGGACAGAGUGACCAGCCUGUGAUGCUUUGGUCUUCGGAGUUAACACAAGCGCAUCGGAUACAAAAGUACUUAAAUAAGGAUAGAUACGUUAUAGAAGUAUGGGAACCCCUAUCAAGUCCCUUGCUAACCCAGCUCCUCAGACUCGGGUACAGAGCAGUCUCCGUCCCUAAGGACAUUUGGUACUUGGAUCACGGUUUUUGGGGGAACACCAAGUAUUCAAACUGGAGAAGGAUGUAUUCCAAUGUGUUGCCCGUUGAUACGAACAUGUUGGGUGGGGAGGUUGCCAUGUGGAGUGAAUAUGUGGAUUCACAGGCUUUAGACACACGAGUGUGGCCGCGGGCCGCAGCCGUGGCUGAGCGGCUUUGGUCCAACCCCAGUUCGGGCGCCAGUGUGGCCGAACCCAGGCUUCAGCGGCUGAGAUCUAGACUGGCCGCCAGAGGAAUACCUUCCGAUGUCCUGUCACCAGGCUGGUGUUCGCAACAUGAUGCACGGUGUCUGUAGAAUUUUGUCUAUGUCUAUCUUCCUUCAAGGAAGAAGUUUGGAAAUUGGAACAUUUUUUGUAAGAAAUAAAAUAUCCCGUCUUAGGAACUUUGUGUUCGUUGAUAAAGAAUUAAGGGAAUUUUAAACCUCAGAGAUAUAAAUAUAUAUAAAUAAAUAAAUUAGUUUAUCGCGAAAACGAAACAUUAGUUAUAAUCUGGAAUAUAAACUAUUCUCCGAAGGACAAGGGAAAAAUUAGUUUUUUUUUCUAACAGAAACAUAACCAAAGUUAACUAUUAACAAUUGAGCGAUUCAAUUUUUUUUCGGUUUUUGUUUACAUUUCUCGCUCAAAAUUGUUUGUGAUGUAACAAAUUGUUUAUUGGUAGUAGUAUACUUAAUUAAUUGUUGAAUUAGUUAAUUAUAGAUAUAAAUUUCUUAUCGGUUAGAAAAUAUUUCCAAACAUUCGAUGUUUUCACCGUUAACCGUUAACUGUGAACAUUCCGUUAAGAGGUUAACGGAAUAUACACAUUAGACAGGUUUUUAAAAUAAUCGGUAGGCUUAUCAGAUACAUAACUUGAAGUAUAUGCUACAUAAUUAAUUUAUGCAUUUUUUGUAGGCUUUUAAAUAUUUUAUUAUUUUUGUACAUAAUUUAAUCCUAUUUAAGAUUCUAUGUCAUAGGAUAAUUUAUAUGAAUACAGACUUUGAUGCUAAUGAAAUGUUGUUGUUUCAUCGAUAAUAAUAUUUUUACAUUUUCAAAGAAUUACUUUUAAUUACAAGAACUGUACUGACAAACACCUGCCAAUAUUAUUAUAUACAUGUCUUCUCCAGACAUACGGAUGACUUAAUAAUGAUGCAUAAAUUAUGUACAAAUAAUAUCAUGUACAAGUGUUUAGAAACCUAAACAAAUCAAAGAUAUUUUCCGAUUCCAACAGUACAGUCGAAUAACUUCCGGUAAGUAACUUGUGGUCGGAUAUAAUUUGAGACUUUCAGUACGUUUAUUGAUUAUUAAGCUAGAGAAGUGAAACCUGAUAGUUAUAAACUGAAAUUUAUAAAGAAAAAUAUUUAUUUAGAUUUGAAAACAUGAAUAUCGAAGAGACAUAAUUAAGACUGAUGAUACAUAUUGUUUAUCAGUAUGUACUUUCAUGACAUAGUAUAUAUAUAUAUAUAUGUUUUGUUAAUGUGUUUUAUAAAGAACUCUAAUACAGAUUGUAAUCGUAUCGUAUUGAGAAAUUGCCGAAUUAGUCUAGUACCACAUCGUAAGUUUACCAAUCGAAAGUCAUCUUUCAAAUGUUAAUAAAGUUUGUUUAAAUUUCAAUAAGAAAAAUAUUGUUCCGAACAAUGCAUCAACGCAUUCCUUAAAGCAGCAACAACCUAAUCUCUACAUGAGUUAACCUUUAAACGCUUUAUUCAUAAGACAAAUCAGCGUAACAUACAUUCUAUUAACUAUCAUCUCUUUCUUUCAAAUUGUGUUUACGCUGUGAUAAAAAGAGACAAUUAGUAACAUGUAGUCUGCGAACUAAUAACGAUUUUUCAUAUAAUUAUAUGGUCCAGACGUUACAAGUAGUACUUACUAAUCAAACUUCAUUUAACCAACGUCUCUAUAGACAUUUAUUACUUAACUUAGACAUCAUGUUUAUGUGUUAAUUGUUGUGUUAAGCGGUUUUGUAUCAACACUUUUGUAAGAAAAGCCAAUAAAUAAAUUAAAACUAAA